AUGUCACGCUCCCAUUCGGCCAAUGGAAGAUUCGGGCAAGGAAAUAGCCGGCCUGGUGGCUGCAGCUACAUUUCCAACGUCAGGCCGGAGAACAGGUACACGUUGUGCACUUUACUUUACGGGAAAAAAUGCCAUCGUGUAGAUUUGUACUGUCACUCACAGAAUAGAGUAUUAGCAGGCGUCUUCUCAUCAUAUAUUCUCAUCAAACAUGUUAAUUGGGGAUGUCGAGGGUGGCUCAGCAUUGUUGGACGUCUCAGUGGGACAGUCGUGAAUGUAUUUCAAAUUUUACAGUCCAUUUCUCUGUACAGGAGCACACUGUGCAGCAUGAUAGCUCAACUGACACAAGAAACACAGCCCGCCUUCGUGAGCACUCUCAAGUCCAGCGCUGUGUCAGAGAACUGCAACGUCAAGUUCGUCUGUGUGGUGACUGGUUAUCCUAUCCCUCUAAUUACUUGGUAUAAGGAUGAUAAACAGUUGGACAGAUUCUGUGGACUUCCUAAAUAUGAAAUAUUUCGCAAUGGGCAAAACCAUUCCCUGCAUAUUUACAAUUGCACGCUGGAGGACGCAGCCAUCUACCAGGCAUCAGCCAGUAACAGCAAAGGCAUCGUGUCGUGCUCAGCGGUUCUGGAGGUGGGCGGAAUGAACGAGUUCAAGAUCCACCAGCGCUACUUUUCCAAGCUCAAGCAAAAACCAGAGGACCAUGGCAAAGAUGCUGACGGCAAGGAGAACCAGGUGCCGUUUCGUGUCGUCAGCCCGGAACGCUCGCAGAGGAAGCGGCGCUCCACCGUGGAGGCCUUCCUGCGUGUGCCCAGCUCCACGGAGGAUGAGGCCACUGAGGAGUUAAUUCCAUUUGUUGGUGAGGAUUCAAAGGUGAGGUUGGAGGAACCUGCAGAGGACCUGGUUGAGGAGAGGCCGGCCCCAUUGACCAAGACUUCUGCAAAAAACAAUAAUGAGAGUGGAGUUGGAGGCGGCAUUGCCAAGACUCCCUUUGUCAAGAAAAAGAUCAAGAUUUGCUCCAGGGGUGAAAGGACACCUGAGGAGACGAGAGAGGUCAGUUCGGAGGAGUUCAUGGAAGUGGUACGCCACAGAAACAUGGCAGAACGUCAAAACCGAGAAGCUUGCGGAAAAUUGUUAAGGACAAAAAGUUCAGAGGCGCUUCGUUCUCCAGAGGGAGUGAGAAAAGACAAGGAAAAUAACCGCGAAGGUGAUGAGAAAGUGUUUGAGAAGAAUCCUCGCGUGUCCGCCAGACUGCGGAGUGCCCCAGCAACUCAAAGGGCUUCAAGCCGAGUGAUCCAGCAGAUGGCUGACUCUGGAUCAGCGGAUGGGAUCCGCCGGAGCAGGGCUGCGUUACCUGAGAAGACCUCAGAUCAGUCACCACAACAGGAAACGCAAGUGAGGCAAAGGAAUCCGUUCGCUCAAAGUGAGAAAGGAGACUUUGAUUCUCCUCUUUCGUCUGCAACUCCUCAAGAAUUGGCCUCAGGGGCCCGUCGUAAGAUCCUUUCUUCAAAGGACAAACCUGAGGAGAGCAAAUUACUACCUUAUCCCCAUCCUCAGAAGGAAGAGGUUUCUUCACCAGACAAUACACUUUCCACCAGUCCUGUGUCAAUCAUAUCAUCUCCAAAGUGUUCACGACGGUCACCUGUUCUUCUUCAGCCCAAUGACGAAAGAAAUUCUCAUGUAGAAAAGCGAUCACCAAUACUGGGAAGAAAAAAAAUAACCGCUGUGACAAAAGCAUCAGGUCAACUGCCAGAUGAGAACAAACAAAGUGAGAAAAGUGAGAAGGACAGAUUGGACCCAUGCAAAGCUCCUCAAGUUAUCCGUAAACUCCGCUGUGAAAGCUUUGUGGAUGGCUUGGGACACCUAAAAUUGUGGUGCCAGUUCUUUAAUAUUCUCAGCGACUCGACCAUUGUUUGGUACAGAAAUGAACUGGAGAUCGCCCAGAUUAAGAGAAGCGCGGGAGAUGAAAGCCAGGUUAAUCUGGCCAUGAUUCAAGCAUCAAGCAAAGACUCUGGUGUUUACAAAUGCACCAUCACAAAUGACUAUGGAAGCGACUCAACUGACUUUCUGCUUGGUCCAGAGAUUUUAGCAGGGAUUUCUCUCCGUGAGGACCAUGCUGCUGGCGAAGAGAUAGAAAUGGCGCCCAUGGUUUUUAGCAAGGGCGUGGCUGAGAGCGGCAUCUGGGGCAACAAACUGUUCGGGCGUGUAAUGGUGCACAAAUCCUGUAUCAGCGAAGGCUAUGUCCACAAAGUCUGGAGGGCUAGAGUCAUCUAUGGCCUGGAGCCCGUGUUUGAGUCUGGUCACACGUGUAUCAUCAAAGCACAACGUCACAGCGCUUAUGGCGGCAAGGAGGAACACUGCCUCACAGACAAGAACUUGGACUUCGUCAAGGAGAACUGUAAGGUUCAGAAUCUGGCCCGUGAAUACUGCAAAAUCUUCUCUGCGGAGACAAGAGUUAUCGAGAACUUUGGGCCUCCUCUCGAGGUCAUCCCGGUCUACUUGAUGUACCGGCCAGCAAACACCAUCCCCUACGCCACAGUGGAGGCUGACCUGAUAGGAGUCUAUCAGAAAUAUCUAGAGAUGGACCAUAUGGGGAGGAUCGAGAUGAGAAUGGCCUCUGAGGUCCAGCUCAAGUGUUGUGCACUUCAGCACUGGGUCUUUCAGUGGACCAACGGAAAUCUGCUCAUCACUCAGUUAGAAGGGGUUGAUACAAAGAUCACCAACAUUGGAAUUACAGUCAAAUCUACUGGACAUCAAGGUCUCCAAAUGGAAGGCAAGCCUGAAGUGUUGGAGGCUUUUGUCUCACAGCACCAGUGUAACUACUUCUGCGGUCUCUUGGGACUGAGGUCACUCAAACUUUUGGAUUCUUUAACGGCAACGCCCAAGACAAAAGGAUCUAGGAGCCCACUAAUCCAGCGCAAGAGUCAGGUUCCUGAAUCCUGCAGCCCGCAGACUAGCAGGAGAGCAGCCAACAGCCCCCGGGCGCCCAGGAAGGCCGAGCAAGAUGCCCCAAAGAACCUGAAGGAGGCUGUUGAAGUCUCAUUUUAAGGCUUUCCAUGAAUUUACCAGUAACCAUUCCUUGUCUUUGUAUAGAUUGACGCCUUGUUUUUUGUUUUUUCCAGUGCACAUGUCCGCCAUUUCAAGGGAUUUUCCUUAUUGAAUUAGUUAAUCAACUUACUAGACCCUUUUAUCCAACAUGAAUUUUCAUCUUACCGCGACAUGAUUGUAGCUUUUUGCAAACUGUUUGAGGGAAGUCCUUUUCUGUCUGCAGUGGACAAAGCAAGGAUGGAUGAGUUUAAUGUGGAAGAACCUGACCUCAAACCCUCCAACAAUAAUAUACUAGCUCAGAGAUUUGAAACAUCUUGUGGAAAGAAGGUCAUAUUUUCACUUCCUUUAUGUACAAGUGUCCUGUCGGCUUAAGCGGGGUAACAUUCUGUUUAAAUUGCCAAUCCUAUUAUAUAACGUUUGAGUUUCAUGCAGGAAUCCAAACAGCUUGAAGUCACAAAGAAAAAUCACUUCAAUUACUCAUUGUACAAGUAGUAGUGUUAAUAGUAGUAAUGGUAGCUGUAGGGGUAGAUGAAGCUACCUAGCUGCUAGCUUAUCUGGUAAAUGCAGCGGCAAUGUCUCUGGACAUUUCUGCUUUGGUAAGACACAUUUGAAAAAUACUUGUCCAUCACUCUUUCAACUUAACGCAGUUGCUAGUUGCCAUUGUUUGUUUGUCAUAUGCUUCUGGCUUCUUGAUUCUUCUUGCUAUCGAUUGGCUAGUGUUGCGUUCCACGUGACAAACACACAAUGGCUUAAAUAGCUUGUAUAGUGGAACCUCAAAUUAAUUGACUAAGUGGAGGUAAUGAUCAUCAGUUAAAAGUCUUGAUCUGUGAUUUUUUUGAGCACUUGUUUGUGACAGAACACCCAGUACCGUACAAAAUUCUUGUUUUGUACUUUUUUGUUGUCUACAAACACCAAACACAGUAUAAAAUUAUUGUAAAUAAAAUUUUUAAAAAGCUUGAUAAGCUUCUUUUCCCAGCCCUGUAACGACUCCAUGGAAUUAAGACAGACUUGACAAAAAGCAACUGUAUGAUGUAUCAAAAUUAGGAUAGCAUUUUCCAGUAAUCCGCACACAAUAAGCGCCUGAGCCAUGGAUACUGUACAUAUGAAUAAAUAGAUAUGGGACAUUAAGCUAAUGUCCACGCGUUGCUUUUGAUGGGAAGGUGGCCCCUGUCCACAUGUUAGAUACAUAGGUAUGUCCGUUAACCUGGCCGUGUAUCUAGUCUUCAUUUUUGUGGCAAAAGCAACACAAUCCAUAAAUACAGGUGAGUUACUAAUUUCUCCCUGUCGAUUGUGUCAGUGAACAAAAGUGGUCAAUUCUGGAACUAACACACUUUGUCCGUAACAAAAGGUCAUUUUGAGUUCCAGGUCCAUUAAAGUAAUAGUCCGUUGGUGUAUUUUCUUUGGAUGAAAAAAAAAAGGAAGAGCUGGAAGAAGUAGCUGGGGAAAGGGAAGUCUGGGUAAACCUGCUGAAGCUACUUCCCCUGUGACCCAACCCGGAAAUCGGGAGAAAAUGGAUAUUUUCAUAAAUGCUGAACAUGUUUGUAACAUUAACAUAAAGUGAACUUUUUAACUGCAAGAAGCAAACCAAGUGGAAAUGUAAAUAUGGUCACAUGACAGAGAUGUAUAGUGAUACAUAUUCAUAUUGUAACCACAUCAUUGUAAAUGUGACAGGUUGUGAAAUAA